GCAGUGUGCAUUCACAGAGCAUUUCUAAACUGUAGUGAAAAUCUUCUUCUGCUAUUGAUUCUUCUCAAGUUCUUGUAUUCAAUCAUGGGGACAUGUAGUUUGUCUAAAGUGAUUUUCUCGUUUGUGUUUCUGAUGUUGUUGUCAGCAAGCAGCCACACGAUGGUUGCUGGAGCACGUGUUCUUUUGGAAUCAGCAUUGCCCAAACCAGAAGUGUCACAACUUCCUAAACCCGAGCUCUCAGCAUCACAUAUCCCUGCAUUCCCAAAGCCUGAGCUCCCUAAGGUUCCUCAGUUGUCCAAUAUAGCUGAAAUACCACCUUUAAAGAUUCUGGAAUUGCCUAAACCAGAGUUGCCUAAAGAAGUUGAGAUACCUAAGAUUCCUGAAUUGUCUAAGCCCGAGUUAUCAAAAGUUUCUGAAUUGUCAAAGUUAGAGUCAUCUAAAAUCCCGGGAGUGCCUAAGUUUGAAGUGCCCAAAGUUCAUGAGUUGUCUAAAGUUCCUGAGUUGCCUAAAGUCCCUGAAUUGCCUAAAUCAGAGUUGCCUAAAGUCCCUGAAUUGCCUAAAGUUUCUGAAUUGCCUAAACCAGAAUUGACUAGAGUUCCUGAAUUGCCUAAGACAGAGUUGCCUAAAAUUCCUGAAUUGCCUAAGCCAGAAUUGCCAAAGCCAGAGUUACCUAAAAUACCUGAGAUGCCUAAAAUUCCUGAAUUACCUAAGUCUGAGUUGCCUAAGACAAAGUUGCCUAAAAUUCCUGAAUUGCCUAAACCAGAGUUGCCUAAAGAAGUUGAGAUACCUAAGAUCCCUGAAUUGCCUAAGCCCGAGUUAUCAAAAAUCCCUGAAUUGCCCAAGCCCGAGUUAUCAAAAGUUUUUGAAUUGCAAAAUUUAGAGUCACCUAAAGUCCCUGAAGUGCCUAAGUUUGAAGUGCCCAAAGUUCCUGAGUUGCCCAAAGUCCCUGAGUUGCCUAAAGUCCCUGAAUUGCCUAAAGUUUCUGAAUUGCCUAAACCAGAAUUGCCUAAAAUAUCUGAGAUGCCUAAGAUCCCUAAAUUACCUAAGUUGCCUAAUACAGAGUUGUCUAAGAUACCAGAAUUACCAAAGCACGAAAUUCCUUAGAUGUCUAAGAUUCUGAAUUGUCUAAGUACAAAUUGUCUUGAGUAUCUAAGAAGCAUAGAGUUCCUAUAACAUUUUCAAGUACCAAUCCUUGAGUUCGAAUCAUGCCAUUUGUUGUCUUAUCCUUAGUUGAUAGCUGGAUGCAUUCCAGUGCUUAGUUCUUUCUGUUUCAUGGAUGUUAUGAGAUUCAUAUUAAAUUUCAGUUGUGUAUAAUAUGUUAUAGUUAUUUCAGAAUUGAGAGUGUGUUUUGCUUUUCUCGUAUUUUGGACCUUUCUAUGUAAGUUACAUACAGUGUGAAGUUGUUUGGAUCGAUUAUAUAGUUAUAAUAUAACAUACUGAUUCACAUA